AUGGCAAUCACCGAAUAUGAUGACCCGGCCUUCUUCGCCAAAUUCUCCAAAUUGGCCCGGAACACAGGCCGCCUGACAACUACUUUGGAAUGGCCUACCAUAAGCCGCAGCAUAGGCCAAAUAACCAACCAAACUGUGCUUGAUCUGGGCUGCGGCUCUGGCCAGUUCUGCAGCUGGGCCUCAGAAAAUGGUGCUGCCUCUGUGCAUGGUAUUGAUGCUUCUGCGAAAAUGCUGGAAAAGGCGCGGGAGUCCAACAGUGCAGAUAAUAUCACCUAUGAGCAGGGGGAUCUCGACUUGUCCUUGACGCAGCCCAACUCGACCGCGCUGAAACUCCGAGAAAAUGCAUAUGAUAUUGUCCAUAGCUCCCAGGUAUUCCACCAUCUGGAGAAUCUUGCAGCCACCUUCGCGGCUAUCUACAAAGCUCUGAAGCCAGGAGGCCGAUUUAUCUUCUCAGUGCACCAUCCUAUCUCCACAGCACCGCGGACUUCAAACUGGGGGGUGAAAAAUGAUGGAACGCCUUUUUGGGAGCUUGAGAAUUACGGCUCUGAAGGGCCUCGAACGGUGGAUUUUCUGGGCUACCCGAUCCAUGUGUAUCAUCGUACAAUGGAGACCUAUAUCUCUUUACUACUAGAGAAUGGGUUUAUGUUGGUGGACUUCAAGGAGUGCAUACCUGCUCCUGGAGUAUUGGGAGAGAGGCACCCGGAUUAUGGAAAGGAGGGUCAUCGUCCUUUGUACUUGGUUCUUGCUGCUAGGAAGGUUCAUGUUUCUAGUUUUGAUAACAGGGGUUGGCUGUUUAGUUCUCCAUCCCCGGUAAUUCAUGCUUCUCUACAAAAAAAAUGA